GAAAUUGAGGAGGGAUGCGCCACGAUGAGCAAACCCUGUGAAACGGAAGGAGCAAAGGUUUAGAUGUCCAGCAAGACUCGUCCCUCCUGGGAAAAGACAAGCCAGCAAUAAUGCCACACAGCCAGUACGGCUUACCGACUAUGGCGCACGGGCUGCAGUCGCCUCCGUCCCCGACGGCCGUUAUGUCGGCUUAUCCGCGUUUCGGUAGCGUCUAUCGGCCCGAACAUCAGCAACAGUCACAGGAACAACGGCUGAGCCGCGAGGCCAUGAAACACUAUCUCUCGGAGCACAAGCGCACCCAGGGCAAGGCCGACAUGGUCGUCGUCAUCCUCCACGCGAAGGUCGCCCAAAAGUCCUACGGCAACGAGAAGCGCUUCUUCUGCCCACCGCCGUGCAUCUACCUCAAGGGCAACGCCUGGUCCAUGAGGCAGGAGCAGAUGCGCAGGGACGGCGAGUCCGAGCAGUCGACGCAGCUCUGCGCGUUCAUCGGCAUCGGCAACUCGGACCAGGACAUGCAGCAGCUCGACCUCAACAACGGCAAGCAGUACUGCGCCGCCAAGACCCUCUACAUAUCCGACUCGGACAAGCGCAAGCACUUCAUGCUCUCGGUUAAGAUGUUCUACGGCAACGGCCACGACAUCGGCGUGUUUCACAGCAAGCGCAUCAAGGUCAUAUCGAAGCCCUCGAAGAAGAAGCAGAGCUUGAAGAACGCGGACCUCUGCAUCGCGAGCGGCACCCGGGUCGCCCUCUUCAACCGACUGCGCUCCCAGACGGUCAGCACUCGCUACCUCCACGUCGACAACAACAACUUCCACGCGAGCUCGACGCAGUGGGGCGCCUUUACGAUCCACCUCCUCGACGACAACGAGAGCGAGUCCGAGGAGUUUCAAGUGCGCGACGGCUACGUCCAUUACGGUAGCACCGUGAAGCUCGUCUGCUCCGAGACGGGGAUGGCGCUGCCACGGCUGGUCAUACGCAAGGUCGACAAGCAGAUGGCGAGCCUCGAGGCCGACGAUCCCGUGUCACAGCUGCACAAGUGCGCCUUCUAUAUGAAGGACACCGACCACAUGUAUCUCUGCCUGUCGCAGGAGCGAAUUAUUCAGUUCCAGGCGACGCCCUGCCCCAAGGAGGCCAACAAAGAGAUGAUCAACGACGGGGCAUGCUGGACGAUAAUUAGCACCGACCGGGCCGAGUAUACGUUUUACGAGGGCAUGGGCCCGGUACGCUCGCCGGUCACCCCGGUGCCCCUGGUCCACAGUCUCAAUCUCAACGGCGGCGGCGACGUGGCGAUGCUCGAGCUCACCGGCGACAACUUCACGCCGAAUCUCCAGGUGUGGUUCGGCGAUGUCGAGGCCGAGACCAUGUACAGGUGCCAGGAGAGCAUGCUCUGCGUUGUCCCGGACAUUUCGCAGUUCCGGGGCGAGUGGCUCUGGAUACACCAGCCGACCCAGGUCCCGGUAUCCCUCGUCCGUAACGACGGCAUCAUCUACGCGACGGGGCUGACCUUCACCUACACACCGGAGCCAGGCCCGAGACAGCAUUGCUUGCCGGCCAAUGAGAUCAUGAGGACACCGAGGACGAUGGGCCACGGCCAGGCGGCCAUGCAGCCGGCCAUCGCCGAUGUACCCUGGAACCAUCAUCAGCCUCCCCAGCCAGGUCUCUGAUACAGCCCGGACGACUGGGGUCUUAACCGUAACGAGGACGUCCUCUCGGACGAACAGGACGCUAUGGUCUUUGAUGAGCCGGCGAUGGUCUUGGAGAUGGACGUGGAUGCGACCACGGACGGUGGUGACAACGGUGGCGGUGGCGGCGGCGGCG